AUGAACCUCUUGGAUAAGAUGGAGAUGAACCUUGACACCUUCCAGACCGACAAGGUUAACACGCGGUUCGACUUCCCCGCCCGACUGAACCUAGAGCCCUUCGUCAAAGACGACUUGGCUUGGCGACGCGGGCCGGAGGACGCUAAGGUCUACGAUAAGACGAUGGAACAAGUGUGGACUCGCCGAGUGGCUUGGUCGUUCCGGUACCCCGGAACGUCGAGGGCAUGGGCUUGGGUCGGGAGCUCCGGCUUGGCGAGACCGCGGAGGUUGCCGGCGCCGCGGCAGAAGGGCGGGCUAUUGAGUCCGGGGCCGUUAUCGCCGGCCUUCGGGACGAGGCGGUUGGGCUGGGAGUUCGGCUGA